AUGGCGUCGAAUUCGACAUGGACUGCUAAAGAAAAUAAGCUGUUUGAGAAUGCAUUGGCUAUCUAUGACCAGGACACACCUGACCGGUGGCAGAAGGUGGCCAAAGCAGUGGGUGGCAAGACUGUGGAGGAGGUGAAGAGGCACUAUGAGAUGCUUGUGGAAGAUGUCGAGCACAUUGAGUCUGGUCUAGUGCCCUUGCCCAAGUACCAAACAACUGGAGGUACCAGCAAAGGAUGCAAACACAUGGAUGAAGAACAGAGAGUCAUUGAGAAGAGUGAUUCAGAGUUCCUCAUAGGCUAA